AUGCCGCACGAUUUUUGCACAUCGUGUUCUCCCUUAAAUAUUUGCCUAUUAUGUUUGCAGUUGUUCGCUUUACUCCUGGCGGCUGCGGUGAGCUCCGGCGUGACUCGGAAACACUACAAGCGAGAAGCACCGCUGAGUUCAUCAUACCUACCGCCGUCAAGCAGCGGCGGCAGACCAUCCUCUUCCUACGGCGCCCCUAGGCCUUCAAGCAGCUAUGGGCCUCCCAAGCCAUCUUCGAGCUACGGACCACCGAAGCCGUCGUCAAGUUAUGGGCCACCUAGACCUUCCUCUAGCUACGGUGCACCAUCGUCGAGCCACGGGGCUGCCAGGCCAUCGUCGAGCUACGGUGCCCCGGCACCUAAACCCUCAUCUAGUUACGGACCUCCAUCGUCGAGUUACGGAGCUCCGGCACCCAAACCAUCAUCUAGUUACGGACCUCCAUCUUCGAGUUACGGAGCUCCGGCACCUAAACCGUCAUCUAGUUACGGAGCCCCGUCGUCGAGUUACGGCGCUCCCGCGCACAAACCGUCGUCGAGUUAUGGAACUCCUUCGUCAAGUUAUGGUGCACCAGCGCCUUCCAGCUCAUACGGUGCUCCAUCGUCAAGUUACGGGGCUCCUUCGGCAUCCUCACAUGGCAGCUCAGCUCCAUCGAGCUCGUACGGCGCUCCCUCAUCCGGUUCUCAGGGCUUCUCUGUGCCAUCCAGCUCAUAUGGUGCUCCUUCAUCUAGUUACGGAGCCCCAUCAUCGAGUUCUCAUUCAGCGCCAUCGAGCUCCUACGGAGCGCCAUCUUCUAGCUACGGAGCACCUUCUUCAGGAUCUCACGGCAGUUCUGCUCCAUCCAGUUCGUACGGUGCACCAUCUUCUAGUUACGGAGCGCCAUCUUCAGGAUCUCACGGUGGAUUUGCACCGUCAAGCUCGUACAGUCCUCCUUCUACGAGCUACGGCACCCCCGCCAAACCUCCGGCGACUAGCUAUGGUGUACCCACAGGACCCUCGACAAGCUAUGGUGCGCCAAAGCCUUCCAGUUCUUACGGCACUCCAUCUAGCUCGUACGGCGCACCAUCCAGCUCAUUUGGCGCUCCUUCUGUUGGUCACGGCGGCGGCUUCAGCAGCAGCGGUGGCAGUGCCUUCGGAAGUAGUGGCUUCGGCGGCAGUAGUUUCGGCAACAGUGGCCCGUCCUCCAGCUACGGCGCCCCGUCCGUUUCGGCACCUUCUUCAAGCUAUGGUCCUCCUUCCACUUCCUACGGCACUCCAUCGAGCAGCUACAGUACUUCUAACUCCGGCCACUCUUCUGGAGGUCACGGCUCCGGCGGAUACUCAACUAGUGGAUCGGGCGGAUUUUCCGCCAGCGGAUCCAGUUCCGGUGGUCACUCUUCUAGCGGGCACGGAUCCGGGGGCUAUUCUUACAGCGGCGCCGGCGGAUUCUCGUCGGACGGAGCUGGAAGUUAUUCUUCCAGUGGUGCAGGUAGCUUCUCAUCUGGCGGAUCGGGCGGUUACGCCUCGUCUGGCGCGGGCAGCUACUCGGCGAGCGGCGCAGGUGGCUACUCGUCCGGCGGGGCUAGUGGUGGCUACGCUUCCGCGGGUUCCGGCGGUUACUCUUCGGGAGGUUCCUCGAACGGCGGCGGCUACAGUACUGGCGGGGCGGGCCACGGGGGCGCAACAGGCGGCGGAUAUUCCAGCGGCGUGCCGGCCACCAUCAACCAAAGCUACGACUCUAACGGCGGUUACGUGUAUUAAGCAUACAUUAAAGUAUUUUUAAACUAUAAAAGGAACAGUCAACUAUUUAUCAUGUACUUUUGGACAUAGAUUGCCAUUUAAAGCAAUACAUUUUUUAAUACUAAGGCUUAUUGAAACCUUACAUAUUAAAAGUGAUAUUUAAGCAGUAUAUGUGUAAGAGUACAACAUCGUAAACAAGUAUGAUCAUUGUUCAAGAUAGAUAUGUUAACAUGUAGCGCGGCCAUGUUGCCACUGUGUGUGUGUAUCCAGUGUCUCAGCCUCUCUGUAAGCCGCGCUCCUGACGCUAUGCUUUAGUUUGUAGUGAAAAGUAUUAAUUUAAUCAUUACGAAUAAAAUGUACAAAAUCUAGAUUAAGUACGACGAAACUUUACAUAAAUAUAUGAUUUGUAAAUACAUUUGUUUUUAAUAACUCCAUGGUGCUAACAUCUUAUAUAAGCCGUCACGUUUUUGAAUUC